AUGUAUAGAACUGCACUGGGUAGCUCCUGGUAUUCUCAAUCCCUGUGGUUCUGGAUCCAGGAUGUUCAAUUUAAUGAUUUGCUGCAGAAUGUCUAUAUGCUGUUAUGCUGUCCUGGCAUAGCCUCUGGAUUUUUUAGGCAUCUUAAGACUAUUGAUCACAAGUUAUGCAUCCUACACAAAUGGAAGGAGAAGAUUGAGGUGAUGCACCUUGUUGGAAUUAUGGUGAUUCAAGUAGGAGAGGAGUAUGAAUAUGAACAAGUGGUUCAGCUGCAAGAUGGGAGUCUGUCAUUGAUGUCCUAUUGGUAUGGUAAGGUAGUUGAUAUCUAUCUCAAGGCUGGAUAUAUGGCUCAAAAUACAGUGGUAUUAUCACAAGGUUACUUAGAAGAUGAGGGUGUUGAUCUCACAGCUUCUGUUGGUGAAUAUGGGCUCAUCCUCAGUGAUCUUAUAACUGGAGUGGGCAUGUGCUGUGUUGAGGAUCAUGCAACUAUCCUGCCAUAUGAUGAAGAUACUAAUAGGGAUACUGUAUAA